AUGACAAGAUUAUUCCCUCGCUAUCUUUCACACGGUAUUUCUUAUUCCCUUUUUCUCAACCUAAAUCUCUUUUUCUCUCUUUCUCACACUAUCUCUCUCUUUCGCUUUCUCUCGCUUUCUUUCACCCGCUAUCUCUCUCGCACGCUAUCUUUCGUUCUCUCUCGCUCUCUCUCACCCUAUCUCUCUCUCACCCAGUCUCUCCCUUUCGCUUUCUCUCGCUUUCUUUCACCCGCUAUCCCUCUCGCACGCUAUCUUUCGUUCUCUCUCGAUCUCUCUCACUCUAUCUCUCACUCACGUUAUCUCUCUCUCACCCAGUCUCUCCCUUUCGCUUUCUCUCGCUUUCUUUCACCCGCUAUCUCUCUCGCACGCUAUCUUUCGUUCUCUCUCGCUCUCUCUCACCCUAUCUCUCUCUCACCCAGUCUCUCCCUUUCGCUUUCUCUCGCUUUCUUUCAUCCGCUAUCCCUCUCGCACGCUAUCUUUCGUUCUCUCGCUCUCUCUCACCCUAUCUCUCUCUCACCCAGUCUCUCCCUUUCGCUUUCUCUCGCUUUCUUUCACCCGCUAUCUCUCUCGCACGCUAUCUUUCGUUUCUCUCUAUCCUCUCUCACCCUAUCUCUCUCUCCCCCCAGUCUCUACCUUUCCCUUUCUCUCGCUUUCUUUCCUCGCUAUCCCUCUCCACGCUAUCUUUCGUUCUCCUCGCUCUCUCUCUCCCCUAUCUCUCUCUCUCCCAGUCUCUCCCUUUCCUUUCUCUCGCUUUCUUUCACCCCCUAUCCCUCUCUCCUCCGCUAUCUUUCGUUCUCUCUCUCUCUCUCCCCUAUCUCUCUCUCACCCAGUCUCUCCUUUCCUUUCUCUCGCUUUCUUUCACCCGCUAUCUCCUCUCCCGCUAUCUUUCGUUCUCUCUCGCUCUCUCUCACCCUAUCUCUCUCUCACCCAGUCUCUCCCUUUCGCUUUCUCUCGCUUUCUUUCACCCGCUAUCUCUCUCGCACGCUAUCUUUCGUUCUCUCUCGCUCUCUCUCACCCUAUCUCUCUCUCACCCAGUCUCUACCUUUCGCUUUCUCUCGCUUUCUUUCACCCGCUAUCCCUCUCGCACGCUAUCUUUCGUUCUCUCUCGCUCUCUCUCUCUCUCUCUCACCCAGUCUCUACCUUUCUCUCUCCUUUCUUUAUCUCUCUCUCCUCUCACGCUAUCUUUCGUUCUCUCUCCCUCCACCCUAUCUCUUUCACCCAGUCUCUAUCUCUCUUUCACUCUAUCCCUCUCGCUAUUCUCUCUCCUCUCUCACCCUAUCUCUCUCUCACCCAGUCUCUACCCCUUUUUCGCUUUCUUUCACUCGCUAUCCCUCUCGCACGCUAUCUUUCGUUCUCUCUCGCCCUCUCUCACCCUAUCUCUCUCUCACCCAGUCUCUACCUUUCGCUUUCUCUCGCUUUCUUUCACUCGCUAUCCCUCUCGCACGCUAUCUUUCGUUCUCUCUCGCCCUCUCUCACCCUAUCUCUCUCCCUUUUAUCUCUCUCUCACCCAGUCUCUCCCCUUUCGCUUUCUCUCGCUUUCUUUCACCCUAUAUCCCUCUCCCUUUCCCUAUCUUUCGUACUCUCGCUCUCUCUCCCUAUCUCUCUCUCUCCCCAGUCUCUCCCUUUCCUUUCUCUCGCUUUCUUUCCUCCCUAUCCCUCUCGCACGCUAUCUUUCGUUCUCUCUCGAUCUCUCUCUCUCUCCCUCGUUCUCUCUCUCUCCCAGUCUCUCCCUUUCCUUUCUCUCUUUUUUUUUUCUUUCACCCCUAUAUCUCUCUCCCGCUAUCUUUCGUUCUCUCUCGAUCUCUCUCCUCUAUCUCUCUCUCACCCAGUCUCUCCCUUUCCUUUCUCUCCUUUCUUUCAUCCCGCUAUCCUCUCGCACGCUAUCUUUCGUUCUCUCUCGCUCUCUCUCACCCCUAUCUCUCUCUCACCCAGUCUCUACCUUUCCUUUCUCUCGCUUUCUUUCACUCGCUAUCUCUCUCACACUUUAUCUUUCGUUCUCUCUCUCUCCUCUCUCUCUCUCCCGUUAUCUCUCUCUCCCCCAGUCUCUACCUUUCCCUUUCUCUCGCUUUCUUUCACCGCUAUCUCUCUCGCACGCUAUCUUUCGUUCUCUCUCGCUCUCUCUCCUCUCUAUCUUUCUCUCUCUCUCCCCAGUCUCUCCCUUUCCUUUCUCUCGCUUUCUUUCAUCCGCUAUCCCUCUCUCACGCUAUCUUUCGUUUCUCUCUCGCUCUCUCUCACCCCUCUCUCUCACCCAGUCUCUCCCUUUCGCUUUCUCUCGCUUUCUUUCAUCCGCUAUCCCUCUCGCACGCUAUCUUUCGUUCUCUCUCGCUCUCUCUCACCCUAUCUCUCUCCCCAGUCUCUCCCUUUCGCUUUCUCUCCUUUCUUUCACCCGCUAUCUCUCUCGCCCGCUAUCUUUCGUUCUCCCUCGCUCUCUCUCACCCUAUCUCUCCCUCCUUUCUCAGCUUUCUCACCCCUUUCCCUUUCUCUCUUUUUCUUUUUUCUCUCCUAUCUCUCUCUCCUUCUAUCUUUCGUUCUCUCUCCUUUCGCUCUCUAUCUCUCUCCUCCUCUAUCUCUCGUUCUAUUAUCUCUCUCUCUCUCUCCCAGUCUCUCCCUUCUCUCUUCUUUUUCACUUUCUCUAUCUCUCUCUCACCUCUAUCCUUCGUUCUCUCGCUCUCUCUCACCCUAUCUCUCUCUCCCCCAGUCUCUCUUUCCUUUCUCCUUUCUUUCUUUCACCCUUCUAUCUCUCUCUCACGCUAUCUUUCGUUCUCUCUCGCUCUCUCACCUUUUUCUCUCUCUCUCACCCAGUCUCUACCUUUCGUUCUCUUUCUCUCCUUUCUUUCCCCGCUAUCCCUCUCUCUCUCCGCUAUCUUUCGUUCUCUCUCGCUCUCUCUCACCCCUAUCUCUCCUCUCUCUCUCACCCAGUCUCUCCCUUUCCUUUCUCUCGCUUUCUUUCACUCGCUAUCCCUCUCGCACGCUAUCUUUCGUUCUCUCUCUCGCUCUCUCUCUCACCCGUUAUCUCUCUCUCACCCAGUCUCUCCCUUUCGCUUUCUCUCGCUUUCUUUCACUCGCUAUCCCUCUCGCACGCUAUCUUUCGUUCUCUGUCGCUCUCUCUCACUCUCUCUCACUCUAUCUCUCACUCACGUUAUCUCUCUCUCUCUCACCCAGUCUCUCCCUUUCGCUUUCUUUCACCCGCUAUCUCUCUUGCACUCUAUCCUUCGUUCUCUCUCGCUCUCUCUCAUCCUAUCUCUCACUCACCCUAUCUCUCUCACCCUAUCUCUCUCUUGCUUUUUCUCACUUUCUUUCAAACGCUAUCUCUCUCGUUUAUGGGCUAUCUAUCUAUCUAUCUAUCUAUCUAUCUAUCUAUCUAUCUAUCUAUCUGAUUCUUAUUCUAUCUAUUUAUCUAUACCUAUAUAUUGGUGUGCGUUUUGUGUCUGGGCUCGGCUGAUGAUGAAGCAGAAAAUACCUUCCCUCUCUCUUUCGUCUUGGUAUGACAGCAUUCUCGCUCGAGAUGGGCUUGGUGACAGUGGAAACUGCUUUCUCUCUCUCUUCGAUAUAACGGCGUUCCGCCUACGUCGUCAAAACGGGUCCAUCCAUUCGACUGGGAGACCAAUUCUCCUCACAAUUUUGCAAACGCAUCUUUUCAGUCCGUAUACUGAGACAUUUGCCAAACGUCCUACCGGCCCGCAGGCCCAGUCAAGACUAACUUUUUCGUUUCACUAUUCGUUUCCGUUUUCUUCUUGUCACGUGGGUCAGAGAAAGUUUAGUUUAAAAUGUUUCAACCUAUCCAAACCGGAACCCAUCCGCGUAGAUCAUGCUGUCAACACCUUGACCAAAAGAGAAGGAAGGGGGACACUCUGGUCAAUCAUUGUCACCACGAAGUCUAUCUACCUCUUUGGGUUCACUAUCUUUACAUUUUCUGCAAAAUUCAUUUUGGUAAAUUCUUCUCAUUUCUUGAUUCUUUUUUUCCCCCCUAACUGUGGAAAUUUAUGUCUUCCAUUACAUUUUCACGGCGAUAUUGGCAGCGUACCGUGGUUCCCAGAUGAAACCACGGUGAUGCAAGCGAGCCCGGAGAUGUUGCCAAGAGCCUUGAGAAGACCCCUCUCUUCUUUGUCUGCGUACAAUCGGCGCGACUGCAAAUACGGAAAUGGCGCUUGCAUGACGCCGCGGUUACAAUGCCGUCUGAUGCGCUUUCAUUAG